AUGACGAUCUCCUGCGGCGGCGCGGAGAGUAUACGCUGGUCGCUUUACCGUGACGCUACGUGUUUCGAGACUUCCUGUGUGUUAAGUGGAGUUCUCUCUGUCGAUCUCAUGCAACUUUUACGGCGUCAAAUGACCUUAAACUCACGAGAUAAGGCUUUAAACUCGUCGUGUUUUUCGUUGGAAUCGACUGGAGUUCAACUCGUUCCGGACAUUCAACGCCGUGUUUGGGACCUUUUGGAGUCGCAUCGAGGUACUACCGAGACAGGGAAUGAAUGUGUCAUGGACGUGAGUGAUGUCGCGUUCCCAGUCGCUGUGGAAGAUCUCAGUUUAGGCUCGAGAGCUACUGAAUUGGGGCUGGACAACAUGGAAUCGGUGUUUUGUAAGCUGCAGUUGAUCGUUGAAGAUUCUGGAGCUAAGGCUGAGACAGUGUCCAGUAUGCACGAUGACGACUUGUUUUUGUGGAAGUUGGAGCGUGCUGCAGAAUACCGAGUACGAGGGAACGAAGCUUUCAAACAAGAGAGAUACAGCUCUGCAGUGCGGCUUUACAAGCGUGCAUUGGCGUGGCUUGAUCCACCAGUUGCUUGGUCAGAUACUUCAUUAGACACGAAGGUUCCGUACUCAAAGGAAGAAUUGCAACAAGUGAAUCCUUUGGCUGUUACAUGCUAUGCCAAUAUGGCUACAUGCUACUCGAAGUUAGACAGAGAGGGCGAUGUGGAUCGUUGCAUCGCUGCAGCUUCAAGCGCGCUGGCACUGGAAGAUACACAUGUAAAAGCUCGCUAUCGGCGUAGCCAGGCGUACUUGUCAACAAAGGAGUUCGACCUUGCACUUGCUGAUCUCAAGAUACUAUGCGACCUGGAGCCGGAUAAUAAGUUGUUUCGAUCGGCAUUGACAAAAGCUAAAUCUGCCAAGACGAACCUUUGCAAGAAACAGCAAAUCGCUUACGCCAAACUCCUCGACAAGUAG